ACAGGAGCGCCGCUUGAAUGUUUUCAUUCUGAACUUAAAGGGUCGCGAGAGCAGGACGUCCGCGAGGCGAACACGAGGAGGAACAACCUUUCAUUUUCUUGAAUACUAAUUUCGUUAUUUCUCCCCGGUGUGAUGUCAGUGUGUCGGACCGGCUUGUUGCUCCUGUUUGUGGUGAUUUUUGCGGCCGCUCGCGCCCGCAGGAGUUCACCGGAGCAGGAGGAUGUCCAGGAGAAAAUGAACAGCGCGAGAUGCACGUCCAGGUGCCUGACUCUUCACAUGACCCAGCUAACCGCCGCCUUCAGACACCUACAGAGUGACCAAGUUCUGGUUUGGUGUGAGAACCACAGACGCUGCUCACAGUGCCUUCAGCCAUGCAAAGAACUGUGGGAAACCAGGAAGAUGAUUUCUCCAAAGUCUUGUGAGAAGCAGACGGAGUGUGUGACGAGCAGGGAGUUUCUGUCCUCCCUGAGGUUGUCUCGUCAGGGUGACUGCCCGCCGCCUCAGCGAGCCACCGGCUUCGCUGCAGCCUGCGUGGAGAGCUGCUCGUCGGACCAGCACUGUCCCUCCUCCAGGAAAUGCUGCGCUAAUGGCUGUGGACAUACAUGCCAAGCCCCCGCCAAUCUAUAUAAAGGUGUUCCUCUGAAGCCUCGCCGAGAGAUGAGCUUUGUGGAGGACUCUGAGGGUCGCGUGAAGGUCGUCUGGGUGUCAAAGUUUAACGUCAGCGUGGAGCCGGUCGUUUACAUGCUGCAGUCCCGCUGGAACAUCGGCAUUCAUCCCAGUGAAGACCACGCCUCUCCUUGGACCACCAUUGCCAUGACCCUCUCUGAAAAUGUGGUUCUGUCAGAUUUGAGGCCUCAGCGCUGGUACCAGUUCAGAGUAGCGGCCAUCAACAGCCACGGCAGCAGAGGCUUCACCACACCCAGCAGACACUACAUCUCCAGUAAAGACCCCUCUCCUCCAGAAUCUCCUUUGAAUAUCAGAGUGAGCAAUCAGACUUUGGACUGGAUAGUUUCACAUCCAGGGACCCAGUUCACAGAAAGGUCGAGGGGAAGCGGGGUCACGGUGGCCGUCUUAAUAAGCUGGGACCCCCCCAAAGAGGGAGACCUGCCAGUACACAACUACAGAGUCACCUGGAUGCCUCGACACACACAGACAACACACAAACACACACAAAAACUGAAUUCAGACACACAUACAACACACAGUAGUAUGCACUCACGUCCUCCACACUCGCACACAGCAGAGCAGGAUAAAAAAGAGAGCAACACCAGAGUAACCCAGGGGGCUCAGGGUGAGAUGUGGCUGCAGGGUCUGUCGCCUGCUACUUCCUACAUCCUGUCCGUGCAGACAGUGGCCUACUGGGGUCAGAAGAGGCUGAAAAGUCCCAGAGUUCAAAUUGCCUUCACCACAAUAAGCCAUACAGGUGAAGACUUCUCCAAUGAGCUCCCCUCCUCCUCAUCAUCUUCAUCAUCUCUUCCCUCCUCUCCUUCUCUCUCCUCCUCUUCUACCCCUGACCUCCCCGAAACCUCCUCUCUGCCUAACCCUGAAUCCCCCUUUAACCCCGUCACCCCUGGAAAUCUGCGCCUGGAGGUUGCUGCCCCUCACUACCAUGACAACCAGCUGCAGGUCAAGGUGUUCUGGAAGUGGCCUUUCAAUGGCAGACAGAGACACCCGGGUCCAUACACUCUGCGGUGGCAUCCUCAUACCUGCAGCUCAAACACGACAGGCACAGAGAGAACAACAACUGUGCAGGGCACUCAUCACACCAUCACAGGCCUGCUGUUUUCCUGUAAGUACCGGAUCAGUGUAGCGCUCAAGUCUGACCUGGGCUCAGAAGCAGUGGCCUGGGUUACGACGCCAGCCUGCUCCUCCAUAAGGGUUCGAGGAGGCAAAGCUUUGCCAUGCAGCACUGAGAAUAAGAAGCGCCCCCUGACAGGUAGAAAGGUGUUACUGCGCCCUGAGCGACUGACGGCAGACUUCCAUCAAGUCAACAGCUCUCUGCUCAUGACCCUUCGUUGGAGGAUGUCCCAGAAUCCACUGGACCAGGCAGCUGUGGAGGGGUUCCAGUUCACCUGGACGCUGCAAUCAGGGGUUACCACAGCAACAGGAGGACAGGAAGAUACACUUAUCUCCCAGACGCAGACAAUCGCACCGAACCAGCGGUCAGUGUCUGUUCCUACUCUUCGGCCUGACAGUGUUUACCAGCUGCACCUCCAGGUGUUAACUACAGGGGGCAGUAAGGGGGCUGCAGUCUCAAAAACCAUACAUACCCCAUCCAUCAACACCACACUCUAACAGCCUCUUUUCCAAGGAGUGGAACCCCACAGUUUUCACCGUCUGCUGAACCAUGGCCAACAAUAAAACCCACCUGUUCACAAUCCUCAGAGACGCUAUUUUACAUUCAAGUACAGAAAAUGUGACAAAAGCUGCAUAAUAAAGAUAAUUCCUGUCUGUGAACUCCAUAUCUAACUCAAAUGAAAGUUAUUCACUACGCUUUCACUGUCCAAACAUCAGAUGGGUUGUGAGCAGGUGGUUUGAUGUUAUAAUCCAUCAAUCUGUUAUCUGAUCCAAAGCUUAUAGCUUUAGCUAAUACUGUGUGAAUUAAGAAAACAUAUAAAAGGUCUAUACAAGCUGUAAGUUUGAAGUAAAAAUCUGAAUUGUUUUGGCAGGGAAAAGACUACCCAUAAACCAUUUCCCCUAGUUUUAAAGUGAAACUGCCACUUGUUAAAUAUGAUUUUGUGGAAUUUAAACAAGUGCAACAGCAGAUGAGCACUGCAAAAACUCUUAAAUUUCACUUUUUGCACUGCUGCAUUAGUACAUGAUGGGUGUUAUAAAGAUGUUUCUCAUCACCUCAUAUCACUGGAGGUAAAGGACACCUGUAAAGAGAGGUUAUUCUACCUGUUUUUGAUCAUGAAGUACAGAAUAAUACAGCACUGACAUUUAGAAAUAAAUGCUAACGAGUUUUGUUCCAGUGCACUAGCUGCGUUGCGUGAUCCUUGGGGUGAGUCAGUGUGCUAAAGUUUGAAAGUAAACUCAAAUAUAUUUUCAUAUGUUGUUUAUAUGUGUUUAAAAGCUGUUUUUUCAACAAGUUUUCACAUUUUUGGUUGUAUGUGGCAUCCAUUUACACAAAGGUACACCGAUUACACUUAAAAAUUAUGUAUGAUAUUUUUACACAGUUAAUAGUAGCUAUAGCUGUGGUAGACUUCUAUGUUUUACUGAAGUCAUGGCUUUACAUCGGCGUGUUGGAAACCUCUGGUCUGAAGUAACCAGAGAUUAUUAUUGUAAUAUUCAUUAUGUAACUUUUUGACAUUUGUACUGUUGAUAAUUUUGUACUUAAUUCCUUUCAUUUUUGAAUGAUACUGUUAUUUAUUGUACUUCUUAGUUUCUGUUUUUAUAAAUAAAAAACAUCAAGAUA